AUUAAGAGAUAUCGACGUUGCCACGUUGUCAACAAUACAAGGUUUAUUAUUCCGUAUAAGGUCCAAUUUCGACGUAAGAUAAAUUUCUGUAAAUCAAACGUCAUGCUUAGCGACUGAAAAUAUACAACACGUCGUUCAGAUAAAAUGAUUAAUUGCACUUUGUGAGUAUUUGGUAAAGAUGUUCUUGUCUAUCUGGCAAUGUUGCUUGAAAGUUGUCAAUAGUGUCAUAAUCACAAUGUCAGAUGACAGCUGUGAAUAACCUCACAAUAUUGCUGGGCAACAUUUUAAAUGUAUCCUUUAGUUUUCAAUAUUUAAAUACCUUUUCAUACUUGUCGCUUCUAAAAAGUUAGUGAGGUGCUCAUAUAAUUACCAUGAAUUUCCUGAACUCUGUGGUACGAAAAGUGUCUCAAACUAUAAACCUGGGGGUAAACAUCACACAGAAGACAUCCCUGGAUCUUCCAUCAGUAGUUUCUAGAUUAUCUAACUUAGCAAUUCAAGGAAGAGGUAUGGCGACACUAAAUCAAAUGCAUAGAACUGGCCCACAUAUCAAACCAAGGAUACCAAAGCGACCUUUAGAUGGAAACCCUUUCAUGAAGGGAGUUGUCUUAAAAACAUUGAUAAAGAAACCAAAGAAACCUAAUUCAGCUAACAGAAAGUGUGUUUUGGUUAGGCUUUCUAAUGGCAAAGAAAUGGUGGCUUACAUACCAGGCAUUGGACAUAAUUUACAGGAACACAACAUUGUCCUGUGUAGGGUAGGAAGAGUUCAGGAUUGUCCAGGUGUAAAGUUGAAAUGUGUUAGGGGGAAAUAUGACUUAGGACAUGUAAUUGUUAAUAGAAAGUAGUUAUAUAUACAAUGUGCAAAUAAUUUCAUAAGUGAACAUUUUAUUAAAUGUUUUAUAAAUCUA